CCAUACUGUACAAUCGACAUUGGCCAGUUCGUGUCCUCCACCAUGGCCACAGCAGGAAUUUAAGGAUGCACCUUGACCACUCACAGACCACACCAGAGGGGUUCCAUCCAAAACAAACUGGGGUUGUCAUCGUCAGUUAUUGUGUGAAUCGAAGAGUCACUGUCGUGGUGCAACCAUAACCUGAUGAUUUGAAGGAUUAUAGUUUUGCUGUCAAAAAAGGACGUGGAUUAUCAAAUAUCUAUUAGAUUCAUUAUUUUCUUGGCCUUCAGUUUUUGUCUCACAACUUCAAUUGGAUUACUACGGAGAUUCCUAAUAUUUUCCUUUCUACGUGAAAGUUUUGGAUUAUCGUCCCAACCUGAACCUGUCCUUCAACAUCAGACAGGUCUCCCUUCUUAUCUCAGCCCACAGGAACAACUUACAGGAGAUCAACCUGAUAAUAACUCACCAACGCACCCUGGAAAGGCCAAGCCGUACCUGUCUGUCUAAUACAACAACCUUCGCAUAACCUACUCCUAUGAAUUGCAGUAGUCCAUCUUAUUUUUUUGCCCAGAACUUUCCUUCUUUGAACCUACCAAUAUUCUUUCCUCAUCCUUCACUGCUAUCUCUCUCUACUUGAUUAUCUCAACAUCUCCUCCUUCAGUCCUUUUCUCUAUCCUCUCGCGCUUUCUCUCUCUGUGUGCUGUGUUGGUUGUUGUGAGCACCAGCCAUGGUGCUGCUGAAGCUGCAGUUCCCCCUGCAGAGGCGUGUGCGUCUGGCCCAGGGUCUGUGGCUGCUGUCCUGGCUGGCCGUGCUGGCUGGGGCCUUCACCUUCUCCCUGGGAGUAUACCUCAAGACCGAGCUGCUCCGCAGGGCAGAGGUGAUGGACAACACAGAGAUCCACGUGGUGCCUAACAUCUUGAUGCUGGUGGGCUUGGUAACUAUGGGGAUCAACCUGUUUGCUGGGCGGGUGUGUCAGGACUCCCUGGACUCUGCCCGAUUCCCUCCCUGGAAGCCCUUCCUGCUGCCCUGGUAUGGCCUGGCCUGGAUGGUGUGUGUCUGGUUGCUGUCUGCUGUGGUGCUCAGCUAUGCCCUGCAGGGACACCUCGAGGAGUCACUCAAGGUGGGCCUGAGGAACGGUAUCCGGUUCUACCGGGACACGGACGUCCCGGGCCGCUGUUUCCAGAAGGAGACCAUCGACAGGCUGCAAAUGGAACUGCGUUGCUGCGGCAACACCAACUACAGGGACUGGUUCGAGGUGCAGUGGAUCAGCAACAGAUACCUGGACUUCACCUCUAAAGAAGUCAAAGAUCGUGUGCGUAGCAACGUGGACGGUCGUUACCUGAUGGAUGGAGUUCCCUUCAGCUGCUGUAACCCCGGCUCCCCUCGGCCCUGUCUCCAGAACCACCUGACUGACAACACUGCCCACUACAACUAUGAGCACCAGAGUGAGGAGCUGAACCUGUACAACCGCGGCUGCAGACAGGCGCUGGUCGACUACUACAUGGGCCUCAUGAACACCAUCGGCCCCGGGAUUCUGUCGGUCAUCUCCGUGCAGAUAUCAGUGUUAGUGAGCCUGCGGUACCUGCACACGUCUCUGGAGGGCGUGGACCCGGAGAACCCCGAAGCUGACAGCGAGGGCUACAUCCUGGCGAAGGGGGUUAAGGAGACCCUGAUGGAUGUCAAGACCACUGUGUUCAAACUGCUGCAGUUCGGACAGGUGGAGGCAGGUGACGAGGCAGAAGCUGGGGAAGAUGGCGAGAAGGCAGCCACGUCCAGCUAGAUGAAAGAUCAUAUGUAACAAUAUAUGGGUUUGAGAAGGGGAGUGAGGCUGUAUUGUCAUGUGACCUCAUGAUGGUCUUGCCUGUGACCAGGCUAAUGUUUGGCUAGCUAGCGCUCUGUGUUGGGUUUGACACAGGUACUGAUCUUUUUGGCUUGAUUUAUACUGCAACAAUGGAUGAGCACUAAAAUACAUAGGGAAUCUUAUCUUUUCAUUAAUCUUAUUUUAUCAUGCUCCGCACAGACUAGACAUGACAAGAUCUAACAAUCCAUAUUUUUUUUUAACUUGACAGAAUUUGUAAUGAUAAUCUUUGAGACAAUGCUGUGUCCUGUUGCUCCUGAUGCAUCAUACAUCAAGUAUUGAGGGGGAGGGUGAUGUUUCAUGUGGUCAAGAACAAACAAAGUCAAACUACUGAAAAGCACCCAAGAACACACACAUACAUUUUGUAAAUAUUCAAAAACAAUAUUCACAUACUGGUACACGAGUAAAUGAAACAUCACACACACGGAAGUAAACUGAUGUUCUGAUCUUUGAUUUGGAUCAGACAAAAUCUAAAUCACACAGGUAAUAACAUAAUAAUACAAACAUUCACCCAGCGUGAAGAAGGCCUACAGUCAAUUGAAUACUGGCCUGGAUAUAGAGUUUGUUAACGCACUGCUAAGUAACAUGUGAAGUUGGCAUCUGGCAUUGAAUAUAUUAAAGUUAGUUGCUUUUAAUGGA